ACAUAAUAAAAAAGUAUAUUAAGAAGAACCUAAAAUUCUGAUUCUACACACAAAAAAUACACUAUGACAUAUUAUGAUUCUAACCUUAAGCCGCUAUUCGGUCAUUCUUAACUAAAUCAACCAUCCCGAUAUGGUAUAAUAUAAAAGCUAAAGCCCAUAACUUACAACCCAAUCCAAGUAUUAGAAAAAAUAGAAAGCCAAAUAGAAGAAAUCGACAUAAGAUUUAAAAAUAUGGAUGUAUUAAAUCCCAAUACAUAAAAAAAGAUUAAUUAAUAUGCAAAACAAAUAGAACCGGAAUAGACUCGAAUAGUAAAAGUUUCAGAAUUUAAAGUAAAGCCUUUGAAAAGAAAUGAAUAUGAUUAUUUAAUUUUUAAAGAUAUUUUUGUUUAUCCGCAAGAAGAAAGGCUUAAUAAACUCAAAAUUUCCGAUAAAAAAUAGCGAAAUAAUAAAAAAUUAUUGAAUGAUUCUUCCGCUGAAUAAUUUUAUAAAGAUCUCAAAAAGGAUAAUGAAAAAAAUAACAAUAAAAAUUACAAAAACAAUAUUUUUAAGCUAAAUUAAUAUGAGAUUUUUGGGACUUAAAAUAAUUAAAUGAACCCCUAUUAAUUAAAAGAUGAUAAAUAGAUGGGAAAUUAAAACUAAUAGAAACAAUAGAAAUAAUUCUUUGAUUAAUUGAUAUAAGUUUAACCACCAGAUUAACUAUAUAAAUUAAAUAUGAACACUAAUAUAGUAAACUCAAAUUUUGCAACUUCUAUUCCAUUAACAUAUGCUUUUGAUGAAAAUAAUAAAUCUAAUAUUUAAGAUUUGUUAAUUUUAUCAAAAUCAAGUUAAUAAACAGGAGAUGUUAAAAAGGAAGCACAUAUAUAUUUCUAUUUAGGUGUAGUAUAUGAUAACUAAAAAAAUAUCACGAAGCAUUAUAAUAUUAUUUAAAAUACUUAAAAUGUGCAAGUUUAGCCAAUGAUAAAAUCGGAAUAUCAUUAGGUUCAAAUAGAGUAGCAUUAGAUUAUUUUCAUAUAAAAGAAUAUUCAAAAAGCAUUGAAUAUCAUUAAUUAAAUAUUAAAAAUUCAGAUGAAGAAAACUGCUAUGCUGGAUAUUAUAAUAUUGGAAUAAGCUAACGAAAAAAUAGAAUGUAUAAUGAAGCUUUAAGCAAUUUUGAAAUAUCAUUAAAAUGGGCUUAAGAAAGAGACGAAUUAGAGUCUGAAUGUCUUUGUUUAGGUUAAAUUGGUAUUACUUAUUAAGAAAUAGGAUUAACAGAAGAAGCCUUAUUUUAUUUUACA